UGUUCGGUCCUUUUCAACAAAAAAAUUCGAAAGCGAUUUUUCAAAUUUCCCGCGAUUUUCAUACAUCAAAGAUGUCUCUCAAGCGUAUAUUUCCUGAACGCGGCAGCUACAAAGUAACAUCGCCAAACAAUUCGAUGCAAAUGGCUGAGAACAGGAAAAAGAGCAUUGAAUACGAGCAACCGAACGAAGUUCACUCCCAAACAACGAUGGCUACUGCGUCGGUAAUCCCGUCCUCGUCAUUAUCGACUUUGCCGUCAUCAACGCCAAUGUCACAAAAUCGAAGCAUAGAUUAUGAUGCAAUCGAGAUAGCACCAUCAAAUACAAAUAUGGGCUUACAAGGUUUACAUUGGGAAAAUCAAAAAAGUCAAAGAAAAGUCGAAUUUGAUAUCGACUCCGGGAGUCAUUCGUCGAAGGACAACAAAUGCGAGGAAUGUCUUAUUAAUUGUCUUUAUUACACGCAUGAAUGUUGUGACUGUGCCAUUUUAUGA